AUGUCCAGCCCACCAGACAAGCUGUACUUUGCCUAUGGGAGAAAUCUCUCGCUGCAGCACAUGGCAAUCAGAUGCCCCAACAGCCAGUACGUUGGACGGGCCAUGUUGCUGGAAUAUUGCUGGCUGUUCAACGAGAGGGGCCAUCCGAACGUGAUUCCUCGCACCAGUUCUAGCGUACACGGCCUGGUCUUCAGGGUGAACGGCGACGACGAGAACAGUUUGGACCAGAGCGAGGACGUCCAGGGCGGCACCUACACGAAGGUGUUCAAGGAGCUCGUCCUUUACCCGACCUCGCCGGAGCUACAACUCCCUAUUGCUGGUCUCGUCGAUGCUGUGCGAAAUGGAGCGAAAAUGGAAGCUGGGGAGCAGGAGCAUCAUUUCGAAGCCAACGUCCUGGUUUACCUCAACGAGACCAUUAUCAAACGGGGCCGCCCCAGAGACGAAUACAUCGGCCCAAUUCGCUCUGGCAUGAAGGACGCCACUAGGCUGGGCAUCCCCGAACACUUCAUCAGAAACUCGUUUCAGUCAAUGACUCCAGCCACUGCGAUUCGCAACAUCAACCGCCGAGUGCUCCGCCCAGACUCUGCUCAUUCUGCUGCCACUGAGGCUACCAGAUGCCGCCGCGGGCCAUUUGGAACUUCUGGGGAGUCCAGGAGCAGAAUGUUUCAAAGGGAGCAUGUGCUUCGCAGGGAGCGACUGCAUCUGCCGGCUCUCACACAGCCGUCGCCUGACCAGGGAAUGCGGAUCAUGGCACCGCCACACGUUGCAAGUCCGUGGUUGACAGGCGGCUUGCCUUACGGGGAUUCGACAUUACAUCCAUCGGGACAGGAAGAGACAAUGCAUUUCUACUAG